AUGCCACAAUCCCCGCACACAUUUCGGCUCCACCAGAGAGGACACACAAAUCAAAAACAACACCCUCCACAUUUCAUCCUAACAUCAUUCCGACACACCGCGGCACGCCAAACAGAAGUAUUCGUCACUCAACGCACCUCCUCACACAAUCACAUAGUCCAUGCACCACGCACGGCAGCAGCUCACACGCGGUCAGACAAAUGUUCCCCGGAUCAGUGGUAUCCACGUGCUGCGGUGGGAAGUAAACAAAAGGGACAGCUGCCAAACCCCAAAAGAGUGCCACGACUGGCCGCAACUCAACGGAACGCAGCCACUCAAAUGAAUUCAGUCCUAAUGCCCUCAGCCUCCCAACUUCUCCCACAAGAGCUGCCAAUCAAACGUGACAUCCAAUAA